AUGAGAGCUGAAGCUGAGAUGAAAAGUUUUAGAGAAGCUUUAAAGGUGAAUGAGCUGUAUGACGUGGGAUGUGUGGGUUCUGUUUUCACAUGGAGCAAUGGUCAUUUUGAUCUCUCUUUCACUAAAGAGAGACUUGACAGAUAUGUAGUGAACAAUGAGUGGAGGAAUAUGUUUAAAGAUUUUAUGGUGGAAGGGUUGGUGACUAGGUGCUCUGAUCACAAGCCAAUGCUCAUGACUGUUCUGCAAUCAGAAUCUUUGAGGAGAAAAAGGAAAUUUAUCUUUCGAUUUGAGGCUAGUUGGUUGAAGGAGGAGGAUUGUGGAAAAAUUGUGGAAAAAAUUUGGUCUGAAAGAAAACAAACUCAAGAGCCUUUGAUGCAAGCUCAAAAGCUUCUCAAGCUUUGUAGUGGUUAUUUAACAAGAAGCUUUAGAGAUAGGGACAAGGUGUGA